AGACGCGUUUGCCCAGGGCGCGCGCAGCAGAAGUCGCUAGAAACGUUGAGAUGCUGCGUCAUUGCGCGCGGCGCCAGUGAGUAGACUCGCGCGGAUCCUGUGCAGGUUGACAGAGCGGAGCAUAAACAGCUAGCUUCCGACUUUAUGCAUUCGCUUUGAUCUGACAGCACAGUUUCCAAACACUACCGCAGGCGAGAGGACGUGAGUGGCAACGCAGAUUUAGGUGAAAACCGAAAGAAGAUAUCGACAUGCAGCCAGCAACUGCCAAGUGGUAUGACAGACGGGAGGCUGUCUUCAUUGAGUUCUGUAUAGAAGACAGCAAAGAUGUCCAAGUUAAAUUUGACAAAACAAAGCUUGACUUCAGUUGUGUUGGAGGAACAGAUAACAUGAAACACCAUAAUGAAGUAGAACUAUUUGAGUCCAUUGACCCAAAUGAGUCUAAACACAAACGCACAGACAGGUCUGUUUUUUGCUGUCUAAGAAAAGCAGAACCUGGCAGGUCUUGGCCAAGGUUAACAAAAGAAAAAGCAAAGCUUAAUUGGCUCAGUGUUGACUUCAAUAACUGGAAGGACUGGGAGGAUGACUCCGAUGAAGACUUGUCCAGUUUUGACCGUUUUUCAGAGAUGAUGAACAGCAUGGGUGGGGAAGAUGACCUACCAGAUGUGGAUGGUGCAGAUGAUGAGGAAUCUGCAGAUAGUGAUGAUGAAAAAAUGCCAGACCUUGAGUAAAGGAAGAGCAAACCGUCAUGGAGAAGAGAGCAAGAAUUUUCACUUAACACUUAAAUGAAGAGAGAGACUAAAUUUGAGUUGGUAGCCAUUUAAAAACGGCAUCGUUUUUGAAACUGUUUUUCAAGGUCUUUCUGCAGAAAGUCACAAGGGAUUCAUUUUUACUGUUGUGUUGAUGGCAACGUCAGCCCCUCGACAAUACAUUCUUUACUUUUCUGUUUUGCAUGGACAAUUACGAGCUCUCAAUGAUGUAUUGUGGACACCAUUUAUGGUCCGUUUACUCAGUGGCUUUUACAGUCUUGAGCUUUUUCCUCAAUGUCAGUGGGGUUAUUGCACCAUGUAACGUAUACAUUGUAAUUUGUAGUAAUGGAAAAAGGACAUGAAUGACUUUAUCGACAUAUUCUGCCUUCUCCCUCUCAUUCAAACUGUAAAUUUGAUUUAAUUGUUAUUUUGUUUGUUGGUGUUGAGGUUCCGAUUUCCUUGUGUGUGAGCGAAGGAAGCAUUGACACAUGCUGCUUCAUUGCAAAUGCCAGCCAAGACAUUUGAUUUUCAUUAGUGCUGCAUUUGAAAUCAGAAUGGCAUAUUCAAAGCCCUUGCACUGAUUCAUUGGUAAGCCCUUGUUUUAUGUGUUUUAGCUGCAGUUUUGCCCCUCAGAUAGGUUUAUUUGUUAAUCCAACAUGUUCAAAGUACAUAGUCCUGUCUGUACACGCUGCUUUAUGAAAUGAUUUCAGGUUGGCAGUUAGUAUUUGUUGUUUUGUAUCACACUUGGAUGUGUAGCAGGCAAUUGUACACUGGUUUCUUCCAUAUAUGUAAAGAGAAGUGGUUAAAAAAAGCAUAUGCCUCACCGCUGUACAGAACAAAGGUUAACUUCUCAAUAGAUGACCAAUUUGUGUUUGCACUCGUAAUAUCAAUGCAGGUGUGACUAAAAGAUGAAAACAAUGUUGUGACCUGUCAAUUCAGGUUUAUAAAUUUCAGUUUGUUAAACGCAGUGAGGUUUUUGUCUACAUAUUUCUAAUAAACCGUCUCUAAACAA